UCAAUACAUAACAAAUGGCGAAUUACUCUACCAAUGGCGUCUGCAGACCAUAUGCAAGCCAAUCAUGUAAGUGAUGACAACAAACAUAUGAACGUCCGAUGCUCCAGUAGAUCGAGCAAAAUUCACAACCAAGACCACAAAUGACCUCACACCCUCCUUUGGUGUGAGUUCCCACAGCGGAUGCACCAAAGUCCAGCAGGCGGAUAUCGACUUUUUUGGAACCAUCUUCGUCUUGUACAUAAAUGUUAAUCGCUCUCCAUAUAACCGCUGUUCUCAGCCAUUCGGGCGGUUAUAGAAAUGUGCAGGGCAUAUAAAGCGCGAUACUCGGUGAGUAAAGCUCCUUCAUACAAGUCUUCAUCUUCCCACCAACCGCCUUCAUCGCUUUUGCCUGUACUUUCCCAUCUCCACUGUCGUAACUCGCUGCCAUAUACUGACACUUCAAAAUGGUCAACACACGCUCCAAAAGUGAUGCCGACACUGCGAUGUCUAAUGCUCCUUCACCUAUAACAUCUUCGCCCAUUGUGGACACUUUCAUUUCCCAGUCACCCAAGGCGCCUAACAACGAUCCGUUCACUUCCCCGUUGUCUCUUUACCCUACUCCAAAGUCUCUCUCUGGUUCUCCUGCCCCUAAUAAAAGCCUGACCAAACCUGGACCACCUGCAUCCGAGUCGGCGUUUAGGCCUAUGACUGGGUGCGCGACGGAACGUGAGAACGAGGCAACAUUUGGAUCCCCUACUAAGCCUGAGCCUCAACCCAAGGUCAAACCUCGACAUAAAGCCAAAGCUCAACUGAAUGGCAAAGCUCAACCACCGAAAGCCGAAUCACCGAUCAAAUCCACGCCCCGACCCAAAGCUUCUCAAUUAAAAGGCAAAUCCCAAUCUAAAACAAGUCCCCAACCCAAAGCCGUACCUCAAUCUAAAGCUACACAUCAGUGUAAGACUGUAUCCAGGAAUUCCCGCAAAUGUAUAAUUUCACAUGUUACCAAGAACGAUGAGAAUGCUCCUACUGGGAACGGUUAUACUCUUCUCGACGUAGUUGCAGCUAGCCGGAUAGUGAACGAUGCGCGAGGCAGCGACAGCAACUUAUUUGGCCUCUUGUUAUUGAGUGUAGUGUCGGAGUUGCAACCGUCUUGGAUAAGUGGGAAGAGGACUGCAUUAUAGGCGCAGGAGGAGGACUGACACUUCUUCUCAUAGACAAUCGGGCUUUGUAAUUUGUAGCUUGAUCACCAUCGCGCAUGUACCAAUUUGUAAACAGGAACAAGUCGUAUCGCCAAACUAUAGGUACCUUUGUGGGAAAUCAUCUUCCUCAACGCUAUGAACACUCUUUCAAC